UCAUUUGUGUGCCGGCAGUGUUUCCGAGAUGAAUUUCCUCAAGAUCCUCAGAGCAGGAAGAAGAAGUCAAUUUGUUAACGAAAAGAGUUUCUCAAUUACCACAUUUUGUGCCGACAAUCGUCGAAAAGUUGCGUUCUCAGUGGGAAAAUCAAUAGAAAAGAGUAUUAAUGACUUCCUGGACGCAUUUCUCCAUCCGGAAGCUGAUCAGUGGAGGAGUCUGAGAAGCCAGCUAUCCAGCACGGCUAACAGGAGCAAUCUUGCAAAUGUGGAUGCUACUAUAGUUAAAUUGUGUGCCACCCAGAAAAGAUUGGAGACGGCAAAGAGCUUUGUGGAGUUCCUAGAAAAGAAUCCCGAGAUCGGAGGAGCGAAUAUUACUACUCUGACGAAUCUCUUGAGGACUUACCACGCCAUAUCGCGUGACAGGACUCUCACGAAUGUUGAGGAGCUCGAAAUCAUUGAGGUGUAUGAUAGUAUGAAGAAGAAAUUCCCGGAAUUCGACGCUAAUACAACUGAAGGAGUGAUUUCUGCGCUCUCGCUGACCAGGAGAUGGAGAGAAUGCCUGGACUUGUUGAAUGGGAUUUCUAUAUACUCCCCAUCACUAUUCUCAUACACUAGCAUUGUCAAUGCCGCGUUCCGAGAGAACGAGAAAGAAAUCGCACUAAGAAUGCUGAGACAGACUGUGAAUGGCUCCAAGAUUCCCAAAUGCGAGGUAUUUCUGGCCUGGAUAAACUUCUGCAGUCGUCAUGGGGAGAAUUUGGAGGAAUUUCUACAAUUUAUUGCUCUUCACGAAGUACAAAUUUCUGAGCAUGUCAUCAAGCAGAUGGAAAAGUUCCUCCAGAUGCAAGGAAUUCCUUCCCAGCGCGCUUCUAUCAAUUCCGAGGGCGUCUGUAAUUCCUGCAACAAUCUCUUGAAAUCCGUGCAGAUCACAGAUGAGGAUUUUCAUGAGCUGCAGUGUCAAUUUCUAGACAAAGUGCUGAUAAGGAAGGAUGUCUUUGUGAAAUCCAAUCCUUCUGAAUUGGACAACUUCAGGAAGUUUCUCUCCAAGACGCCACCCUUUGACUGUGUUAUUGAUGGACUCAAUGCAUUGAAUCUCAUCGACGUUGUGAUGCACUUUUCGAGAAAGGGUCAGAAAGUACUCGUUCUGGGCAGGAAGCCGUCAAGUAAUUGGUCUCAGGAGCAGAUGAGAAUUCUGAAAAGCACUGCAAUGAUCUUCCUCACUCACAAUCUCUCCCAGGACGAUCCCUUUCUGCUGUACGCCGCUCUGGCCAGCGGAAAGCAGUGCUGCAUCGUCUCAAAUGAUCUCAUGCGGAAUCAUGCGCAUCUUCUGGAAUCUGAAAAACUGCAGAGUACCUUCCGGCGGUGGCAACACACCCACCAGUUCCGCAUGGAAUCAUCUUCGAAGGGCGAGAUGGUUCUCAAGGCGCCUCCGAUGUUCUCGGUAACGGCUCACGAGAUGAAGGGACGCUGGCAUGUGCCUUUCCGGGACGAAUAUUCCCUUCAUCAGUUGAAUUUAUUCGAAAUCCCGCAGCAAUGGUUGUGUAUUGACUUCUCCGGGAGUUGUAGCGCCCCAAAGAGACAAUAAAAAGU